GUGUGUAGGAAGUUCGGACGGCAGGUGUGUAGGAAAAGUCCGGUGCGGGUACAUACUUCCACCCAGGAAAUCUGACGCUGUCGAUAAAAAAAUAGGCAACUUCAGAAACUCGGAGCAAACAAUCAUUCGACAAAGGCCGAGUAAACGGAAAGUUAUGCUGUUGCCAUGGCUCUGUCGGAGCUAUACACUAAGUACAACCGCGUCUGGAUCUCAGACCCAGAGGAAGUAUGGCAAUCCGCCGAGAUCCUGAAGGACUACAAACCGGGAGAUGACGUUUUGGAACUGCAACUCGAAAAUGGCACGGAGAUGCGGUACCCGGUGGGGCCAGGGAGCGUUCUACUGCCCCCCCUGCGGAACCCCGACAUCCUGGUGGGGGAGAACGACCUGACUGCCCUCAGCUACCUGCACGAGCCGGCCGUCCUGCACAACCUCAGGGUGCGCUUCGUGGAGUCAAAAAUCAUCUACACAUACUGCGGGAUCAUUCUGGUGGCCGUUAACCCCUACAAGAGGCUGCCAGUCUACGGAGACGCUGUGAUCCACGCAUACUCUGGCCAGAAUCUGGGCGACCUGGACCCACACAUAUUCGCAGUGGCAGAGGAGGCCUAUAAACAGAUGGCGAGGAACGGCAGGAACCAGUCCAUCAUAGUGAGUGGGGAGUCUGGUGCGGGGAAGACUGUUUCUGCUCGCUACGCCAUGCGCUACUUUGCCGUAGUCAGCAAGUCCAGCAGCAAGACCAGAGUGGAAGACAAAGUUCUGGCCUCUAAUCCGAUCACAGAGGCGAUUGGCAAUGCAAAGACCACCAGGAACGACAACAGCAGUCGCUUUGGGAAAUACACAGAGGUCAGCUUUGAUCAGAGGUUCCAGAUCAUCGGAGCCAACAUGAGGACCUACCUCCUGGAGAAAUCCAGAGUGGUGUUCCAGUCGCAGAACGAGAGGAACUACCACAUAUUCUACCAGCUGUGUGCCUGUGCCAACCAGCCCGACUUCAAGCACCUCAGACUGUUGAGUGCAGAUCAGUUUCAGUACACCUGCAUGGGAGAAGCGACGGAGAUCGAAGGUGUGGACGACAGUGCUGACAUGGCAGAGACUCGACGGACUUUCACUCUGUUGGGCUUGAAGGAGGACUUCCUGUUCGACGUGUUUAAGGUGUUGGCAGCAAUCCUCCAUCUGGGCAACGUCACCAUCAAGAGUGUCAGCGGAGAGAAGUCUGCAGUCAGUGUCAGUGAUGCCCACCUGGCAGUGUUUUGUGAGCUGGUGUGUGUGGAUGCGGAGAGUGUGUGUCGCUGGCUGUGCCACCGGCGGCUGGUCCUGAUGGCGGAGACGGUGGUGAAGCCGGUGCCAGCGGAGCGGGCAGUGAACGCCCGAGACGCUCUGGCCAAGCACAUCUACGCCCACCUGUUCGACUGCGUCAUCCGCAGGAUCAACACCGCCCUGAAGGUUCCAGGGAAGCAGCACUCCUUCAUUGGGGUCCUGGACAUCUACGGCUUUGAGACCUUUGAUGUGAACAGUUUUGAGCAGUUCUGCAUCAACUACGCCAAUGAGAAACUCCAGCAUCAGUUCAACCUGCAUGUGUUUAAGCUCGAGCAGGAGGAGUACAUGAAGGAGGACAUCCCAUGGACGUUGAUUGAUUUCUAUGACAACCAGCCUGUCAUUGAUCUGAUUGAGGCCAAGAUGGGCAUCUUGGACCUGCUGGAUGAGGAGUGCCUGUUUCCUCAAGGAACGGAUCAGAACUGGCUGCAGAAACUCUAUAAUUACCUGGGCUCCAACCCACUGUUUGACAAGCCCAGGCUCUCCAACCAGGCCUUUGUCAUUGAGCACUUUGCAGACAAAGUGGAGUAUCAGUGUAAGGGCUUUCUGGAGAAGAACAGAGACACUCUCUAUGAGGAGCUACUGGACAUCAUGAAGACCAGUAAGUUGGCUCUCCUGGCAGACUUCUUCAAAGAGGAGGCCAAGACGUCUGCAGUCAAGGGCAUCAGAGUGAAGGCCGCCACACCAGGGGUGAAGCCUGCCAACAAACAGCUCCGAACCACCGUGGGAGACAAGUUCCGGAGUUCCCUGCACAUGCUGAUGGAGACUCUCAACGGCACCACGCCUCACUAUGUCCGCUGCAUCAAGCCCAACGAUGACAAGCAGCCCUUUGAGUAUGACUCCAAGCGUGUGGUUCAGCAACUACGAGCCUGUGGUGUUCUGGAGACUAUCCACAUCAGUGCCCAGAGCUACCCAUCCAGGUGGACCUACACAGAGUUCUACAGCCGCUACAGUAUCCUGAUGACGCAGACAGAGCUGCUUGUGAACGAGAAGAAACAGACGUGCAAGACAGUGCUGCAGAGACUCAUUCCUGACUCUGACCAGUACAAGUUCGGCCGCACCAAGAUCUUCUUCCGGGCGGGCCAGGUGGCGUACCUGGAGAAGCUGCGCCUGGACCGCCUGAGGGGGGCGUGCAUCACCCUCCAGAAGCACGUGAGGGGGUGGAGUCAGAGGCGUAGGUUCCUCCGCAUGAGGAGCGCCGCCAUCACCCUGCAGCAGUACAUCCGCGGACAGAAACGUAUCAGGCAAACCGUGACGGCUGCAGCCCUCAAGCAGGCCUGGGCUGCCAUGGUGAUACAAAAGCAUUGCCGUGGUUACCUUGUGCGAAAGAUAUACAAGCUUGUCUUGGCUGCCACGGUGACCCUCCAGGCUUACACCAGGGGGUGGCUUGCCCGCAAACACUACAGAAAGCUAGUGGAGGAGCAGAAGGCAGUGGUGCUGCAGAAGUAUGCUCGGGCCUGGCUCGUGAGACGCCGCUUCCAGACCAUGCGCCGCCUCGUGCUCAACGUCCAGCUCUCCUUCCGGGUGCAGCAGCUCAGGAAGAAGCUGGAAGAGCAGGGUAAAGAGAACCGUGGCCUGAUGGAGAGGCUGACCGGUUUGGCCAAUGCCCACUCUCACGGAUUGGACAAGCUGCACGCUCUGGAGGCGGAGCUGAGCAAAUCAGCCAAUGAAAGAGCCUUCUUAGAGAAGCAGGAGAAGAGGACCAAGGAGGAAGCCAAUCAGGUGAUCUCUCAGCUCCAGAUUCAGAACGCCAGCCUGGGGGAGGAGAAGAAGGCCGUGGAGAUCAGGUUCACUGAGAGCACUCAGGAAAUGAGAGACAAGUUCAGUGAGCUGCAGAGGAAACUACAAGUGGACCUGGAGAACGAGGAGAGGUUAAGAAAGAUCGCAGAGAACAAUCUAGAACUCCAGAGGGAUGAUUCUGGCCGAGAGGUGGAGGCAGUGAAACUGGAGAACCGGAUUCUGCGCGAGGAGAAGUUCCGGCUUCAGGCACAGCUGGAGGAAGAGACACAGGUGAACGUGGACCUUCAGGAGCAGGUCGCACAGCUCACCAAACACGUCAAGGUGUUGCCUGAGUUGCGUAAAGAACUCCAUAACAUCCAAACCCAGAAGAAUGAGCAGGAGAGGAGAACGAGGGAGCAGACGCACCAGGCUAAAGUGAAGAUGAAUUUGAUCACCAGACAGCUUCUGGGCGACAGGACUACUGAGGACAUCCUAUCAACAGCGGAGUCCUCAGAGGACACAGAGGACGAUGGCAACCUUCUGUUUGCUUUUGAAGGCCUCCAGAAAGCAACCAGGGUGAUGGAGACCCAGCUACGGGAGCAGAAGGAGGGAUUUGAGAGUCGGGUGGAGACCGUGAGCUUUAAGAUGGAGCACCUGCAGCGGGAGAAUGAACAGCUGCAGAACCUCUUCCAGGAGAAGAAAGACGUGAACGAGAACAUUCGCCAGGAGGUGGCCCGACUCGCUGCUGAGAACAUGGUGAUUCCUGAGCUGAAGCAGCAGGUGAGUGAGCUGCACAGACAGAAGCAGGAGCUGGAGACCCAGCAGCAAGAGCAGACCAGUCAGAUGAUGGGGCACGUUGAGGAGGUGUCAGCCAAACUCCAGGGUGACCUUGAGGAAGAAAGCUCCCGGUGCAGGCUGUUUGAGCAGCAGCUGGAGGAGGUGGAGUGGCAGAAGGAGGAGCUGCAGAGGAGGCUGGAGGAGGUGCAGGAGGAGAAGGAGCAGCUGCACAAGCAGCAGCAGGCAGAGCAGGAGGCCAAGAGCAAACUCAGACAGGAGGCGUCCCGACUCAACGCAGAGAACAUGGACCUGGAGGAGCAGCUUGACAUGAAGGAGCGAUCAAUAAAGAAGCUGCAGGACCGCGUUAGAGCCCUGCAGCCUCCAGACAAGGCCAAUCAGAAAGCAGUGCCUGCCGUGCCCAGAGAGUACCUGGGGAUGCUGGAGUACCGACGGGAGGAUGAGCCCAGAAUCAUCCAGAACCUCAUCCUGGUCCUGAGGCCCAGAGGGGUGGUGGUGAACAUGAUCCCUGGACUGGCGGCACACCUGCUCUUCAUGUGCAUCCGUCACGCCGACUACCUUAACGACGGGGCCAAGCUCAAGUCCCUGAUGCACGCCAUCAUCACCGGCCUCAAGCAGGUCAUCAUGGACCAUCAGGAGGACUUUGACGUGCUGUCCUUCUGGCUGUCCAACACCUGCCACCUACUCAACGGCCUGAAGCAAUACAGCGGAGAGGAGGAGUUCAUGAAGCACAACACGGUCCGGCAGAACAAAAACUGCCUGACAAACUUUGACCUUUCGGAGCACAGGCAGGUCUUCAGUGACCUCGCCAUCCGCAUCUAUCAACAGUUUAUUGCAGUCAUGGAGAAGGUUCUCACCCCGAUGAUCGUCCCUGGUAUGCUUGAACAUGAGAGUCUGCAGGGCAUCUCCAGUGUGAAGCCCCCAGGCCUGAGGAAGCGCUCCAACAGUGUGUGUGUGUCCGAGGACACGGCAGAGGCGUGCAGUGUGGGCUCUAUCCUCCAGCUGCUCAGCGGUUUCCACGGCACCAUGAUGCAGCACGGCAUGGACCCCGAGCUCAUCAGGCAGGCUGUGCGGCAGCUUUUCUACCUGCUAGGCUCCACCUGCCUCAACAGCAUCCUGCUCCGCAAGGACAUGUGCUCCUGCCGCAAGGGCAUGCAGAUCAGGUGUAACAUCAGUUACCUGGAGGAGUGGCUGAAGGAGAAGGGUCUGCAAGGAUCCAGUGCCAUGGAAACGCUUCUGCCCCUAUCCCAGGCCGCCCAGCUCCUGCAGGUCAACAAGACGACCGACGGUGACGCUAAGGAGAUCAUGGACAGGUGCCCUGAGCUCUCACCUGUGCAGAUCGUAAAGAUCCUCAACUCAUACACACCUAUUGAUGACUUUGAGAAGCGGGUGGCCUCAUCAUUUGUGCGUAAAGUUCAGGCGCUGCUGCAGGAGCGGGAGGGCUCGACGCAGCUCAUGGUGGACACGCAGUAUCGCUUCCAGGCCACGUUCCCCUUCAGUCCCUCCCCUCAGGCUCUGGAGCUGCUGCAGGUUCCCUCCAGUCUGCAGCUGUCCUUCCUCACCCGGAUCUGAACCUCCAGUCUGCAGCUGUCCUUCCUCACCCGGAUCUGAACCUCCAGUCUGCAGCUGUCCUUCCUCACCCGGAUCUGAACCUCCAGUCUGCACCUGUCCUUCCUCACCCGGAUCUGAACAACCGUCACAGUCCCGAAAAACCCCAGACACCUCUCACCACCACCUCUCACUGACACCGUCCCACCAACACCUCUCACCGACACCUCUCACCGACACCUC